AUCUCACCUUGACUAUUGUAACUCCCUCCUCAUUGGCCUACCGAAUCGCAGGCUAUCCCCCCUCCAGUCUCGCUCCAUGUCUGUCAUCCCUCUCUGCCAAUCCCUACACUGGCCUCCACCCCUCUCUGCCAAUCCCUCCACUGGCUUACACCCCCUCUCUGCCAGUCCCUCAACCCAUCUCUGCCAAUCCCUCCACUGGCCUCCACCCCUCUCUGCCAAUCCCUCCACUGGCCUCCACCCCUCUCUGCCAAUCCCUCCACUGGCUUCCAGCCAUCUCUGCCAAUCCCUCCACUGGCCUCCACCCAUCUCUGCCAAUCCCUCCACUGGCCUCCACUCAGUGUCCUCCACCCCUCUCUGCCAAUCCCUCCACUGGCCUCUACCCCUCUCUGCCAAUCCCUCCCCUGGCCUCCACCCAUCUCUGGCAAUCCCUCCACUGGCCUCCACCCAUCUCUGCCAAUCCCUC